GAUUUGCUCUUCACAACCGAACAAAGCGCGCGCACAAGCAGAUUGGUUUGGUUGGUUGGUUUUUGUGAGUUUUGUGAAAUUGGAAUUGGAAAUUGGAAGGAAUUGGACACAUUGGACAUUGGUUGAACCAACCUAUAUUGGAAAGCAUAAGCUAUAAGACGUAGUAGUUGUUUUUGCACAUCUUCGAGACACUGCUAAUAAAUUGCUGGAGAAGCAAUAUGUCCAUCUUAAGACAAUGUGGUUCAAUGGCCGGAAGGCUAAUGCAGCCACAACGGCAACUUGUGGCGAGGGGAUCUUUUGGCCUGUUGCCAGCAGCAUUCAAUCGAUUUAAUCUUCCAGCUUUGGAUUACGCGACACCAGCAAAUGCCCGAGGUCACAAGAAUUUCGGUCACAAAAAAGAGAUUACACCCAAGUUUACGAAAAUCUAUCAUCUGAUUAUUGGUUCGCUUUUUAUGAUUUCAAUAAUGGAUUGGAAGAAAGUCAAGCGCAUGGUUAUGCCAAAAGUGGAUGCUGAUGCAGGCGUUGAACCCGCAGAUGUUGACAAGAAAUCUCGUAAAAAGGACAAAAAAGCCAAAGACACUAAAACUGUUACCGAAUCGGAUAGUGACAGUGAUAGUGAUGCGGAAAGUGAAAAUGGCAAAGACGAUACAAUCGAAGAAAAAUCGAAAAGUGCCCGAUCGACGAAGGAAAAAGUUGGCUUUCGUGAGAGAAAGAUUGUUGAAUAUGAAAAUCGUAUUCGACAGUUUUCUACGCCAGAUAAAGUAUUUCGUUAUUUUGCCACAAUACAAGUGGCAACAUCGGACGAUCGUCAUGAAAUAUUUAUGACACCAACAGACUUUUUAACAAGCAUGACACCGGGUAUGAAACAACCAGAGGGUUUGGGCUUGGACCAAUAUCGCCGUUAUGAUCCCAAGCAAGCCCCCGGAAAGUCUGUCGGCGAAAGUCUCAACUUGAAUUUGGAAAAGAAUAGUAUAUUCUAUAAAUUGGGAUCCUACGGCCUGAUAACCUUCUCUGACUAUAUUUUCCUUCUAACUGUGUUGUCAACAUCUCGCCGUCAUUUUGAAAUUGCCUUUCAAAUGUUCGAUUUGAAUGGUGAUGGCGAUGUUGACUGUGAAGAAUUCGAAAUGGUAGCAACAUUGGUGCGUCAACAAACUAGCAUUGGUAGUCGUCAUCGUGAUCAUGCCAAUACAGGCAAUACAUUUAAGGGUGUUAACUCAGCCCUAACAACCUUCUUCUUUGGCCCGAAUUUGGAUAAAAAAUUGACAAUUCAAAAAUUUUUGGAUUUCCAACACCAAUUGCAACGGGAAAUUCUUUCACUGGAAUUCGAGCGUAAACAUCCUGAUGAUAAUGGUCGCAUAACGGAGGCAGAUUUUGGAGAAUUGCUAUUGGCCUAUGCCGGUUACCCCUUGAAGAAGAAACAAAAGAAAUUGAAACGUGUCAAGAGACGUUUCCGUGACCACAGUAUUGGCAUCUCGAAAAAGGAUUAUUUGGAUUUCUUCCAUUUUCUCAACAAUAUCAACGAUGUGGAUACGGCCCUGACAUUCUAUCACAUUGCUGGAGCUUCCAUUGAUCAGGCCACACUAAAACAUGUAGCCAAAACAGUGGCUAUGGUGGAAUUGUCUGAUCAUGUCAUUGAUGUGGUCUUUACCAUUUUUGAUGACAACAAUGACAACCAGCUGAGUAAUCGUGAAUUUAUUGCUGUGAUGAAAAAUCGUGUCCAACGUGGUUUGGAAAAACCCAAAGACACAGGAUUCAUCAAACUAAUGCGUUCUAUGUUGAAAUGUGCCAAGGAGACCAAACCUGUUCUACUGGAUCUCUAAAAAGUCUACUGAGGCGAGAUUCCCCUUGCCAUAAUUGUUAACUAUCUAUUUAUUCUUGAUGUCUACUGCACAGGGACUUUAAAAUCAAUACUACUAAACAAUCUUCUAUCUAUUCAAAACUAAUCCCCUAAUAGUCAAUGCAAUUUCUUUUUCUCCAAGGCAAUAUAAUAUAACGCUUAAUAUAUUAUUCGAAUUGGUGGGCCUUCAUUUUCCUAAUCCUACUUUUAAGAUAUACCUCAUAGAUCAAUUGUGUUUGUUUUUUUUUUUUCAUACUGUUCUUUAAAUGUUUAUAGAUGAACAAUUUUAUGAAUAAUAAAAUAAUAUUAUUUAUAUAUUUGCGGUCAUAAAA